AUGUCACGCAAUGGCAAGCAAAGGGGCAGUCCGACAUUUGCUCCUACGGAAUCAUUGAAUUCUUCAUAUACAACAACAUCAUUAGAUCAACAACAAGCAUCAAUCUAUAAUCAAUUACAACAUCCAACAUUUGAUAUAGAACCGGUUCAAUUACAAUUCAAUAUCAAUCAUAAAUUGAAUCAAUUGUUGGUAGAGAAUGAUAUUAUGUAUUUAUUACUUGAUCAUUCAACUCUUUAUAAGAUUGAUUUAGAUAAUCCUUCACAAGUUAAGAAAUAUCAAAUACCAACUGUUGGUACAGGCUUAACAAAAGUACAGAAUAUUUGGUUACAUCCAAAUGGAUUUCAUUUAAUUGUUCAAACUAAUGAUUUUAAUUAUUUUUAUUUAAAUAAUUAUUAUACUUCAUUUAAACCAUUACCUAAAUUUAAAGGGAUAAAUAUCACACAAAUUGCAUUUCCAAGAGGAGAAACUGAUCCGUCAAUGAUAUCAUCUGGAGGAACAUCAUCAACUAUUGGUCCAACGGAAACCUUAUUGAUAGGUGCACAAGAUGGUACAAUAUAUCUUGGGUCAAUAAAGCCACAUGAUCCAACUACUCAAGAUAAGAAACGUGAUGAUAAGUAUUUGAAAUCAGUGUUUAAAUUAGAUCAUCCAUUGCAAGGUCUAACUUUCUCCAAUAACAAAUCACAAAUAAAUAUGGUCUCAAAUAAUAAAUUAUACACUUGGGAUUGUUUUGAUACCUCAUAUAAUGAAUUAAUCAAAGUAUUCAAAUCCACUUCUCCACAAAUUACUCCACUUAGUCUUUCAAAAUCGAAAUCCAGAAUGGUAUUUGCAACAAAUUCUCAAGAAUUUAUCAUAUUUGAUCCAAUUUCUCAAGAUUUAUAUUCCAAUGAUCAAGAAAUCCAAUUAUCACAAGUUGAUAACCUAUCAUUUAGUGAAGGGACAUUACACGAGAUUCUCCUAACUGAUCAUCAUCUUGUUGGAUUAACGCAUUCUUCUGAAAAUUUGGUUAUAUUUAAUAAAUUGGCAUUAACAAAACCACCAAUUAAAUUAAAUUUAAAACAAUUCAUAUCACCAGGUGAACGAAUCCAUGGAAUAACUGCAGAUUAUCUGUCUCAUACCUAUUGGUUAUAUACCGAGAAUUCAAUAUUUGAAUUAGUUAUUCAAAAUGAAUCAAUUCUGAUUUGGUAUGAUUAUUAUAAAAUAGGGAAAUAUGUUGAAGCAUUGAAAUGUUUAGAAAAUCAAGAAAAUAAUUUCUUUAAGAAAGAUUUGGUAUUGAUUAAACAAGGAUAUGAAUUAUUACAAAAAGGAGGAUUCGGGGUUGAUUAUACUUUGGAUGUGGAGGAUAAGAAUGAUAGAGAGAAAUCUCCAUUACAUGAUGAUUUCAUUAAAUUGCAAGUUAAGGGGAUUAAUAUAUUGGCGAAACUGACUGAGCCGUUUGAAAAGAUUUGUUUAAUGUUGUUGGAUAUAAGUUCACAUUCCAAAUUGGAUGCGGUUGCUUCCUCAUCGGUAUCAUCGUUGACAUUAAUUGAUAAUUCAUCUUCUUUGUUGAGUAUAAUUUCGGAACGUUUGCUAGUUGAGUAUCUUUUGGUGAAGUAUUCCAUUGCAAAAGAUAUUGAACGAAAUCAAGUUAGAAUGGUUGUUUUAUCAAGUUGGAUAGUUGAGCUAACCUUAAGAGUAAUUCAUCGAUUAGAAAAUGAAUUGUCAAAGGACAAAGUUCAAACCCAAUUAAGAAUUCAUAAAGAAAAUUUCCUUGAUCAAUUAAAUCAAAUAUUUCAAGAAUUUAUAAAUAAAAACUAUAAACAUCUUGAUCCAGCUACUGUAUAUGAAAUCAUGAAUGAUAUGAAUUGUAAAGAAAAGUUAUUAUAUUAUGCUGAAUUGAUUGAAGAUUAUGAAUUUAUACUUAAAUAUUAUAUUGAUAUUCGAGAUUGGAAAAAUUCAAAUAAAGUUAUUAUCAAGAUAUAUUCAUCUUCUAAGAUGGAGGAUUUGAAGGAAUUGAUAUAUAAAUAUUCAACGGUUCUAUUAUUGAAUUAUCCCAAGGGUUCAAUCGAUAGUUGGUUACGAUUAAGUUCAAGCCAAGAUAUUUCAGAUACAAUGGAUUUUGAUAAAUUCUUACCUGCAAUUUUAACAUAUUGUAAAUCAAAUUCCCAUGUUCCAAUAAUUGAUAAUUAUGCUAUUCAAUUCAUGCAAAAGAUAAUCUAUGAAAAAGGAUACAAAAGUAAACAGUUAAAUAAUUAUUAUUUAUCAUUAUUAAUCACUUAUAAAAACCAAGAAUCAAAAUCCCAAAUCAACAAACAAAUCACCAAAUUUAUAAACUAUGCCGCAUUAGAUACAAAAUCCAAAAAAUCACAACUAUAUGAUGUAUAUUUCAUCCUAAGAUUAUGUAUUUCUCAUCAAGCAUACCAACCCGCAAUAUUCAUCUUAAUUCAAGAAUUAAAUUUAUUCGAUCAAGCUUUGGAACUUGCAUUAAAUAAUGAUUUGAUUAAUUUGGGUGAAUUUGUCCUCACGAAAUAUGAUGAAUAUAUCAAUAAGAAUAAAGAAGUUGGAAUAUUGAAAUAUAAUGAGGAAAAUGACCAUUAUUAUGCACAUGGUGAUGAUGAUAAUCAUAAACCUGAAGAAGAUUUUCUUAAUAGAAUAAAAUUGGAGGAAGCUAGUUAUAGUGAGAGGAAGAAGUUAUGGCUUAGGUUUUCGAAACAUUUGAUUGAAUGGGUAUGUAAGGGAAGAAAAGUGGGGAUUCCUGUCAUUGAUGAUGAGGAUGAGGGUGAUAGUAAUGAGAUCAAAGAGCCUACUCGGAAAGAUUCUAAGGAAUCAAAUCCUAUCAAAGGCUUAACGAAUGAUAUUGCCAAUUCGAUAACUGGUGCCAGUAACCAAUCCGAUAAAGAUGCUAUAAAUGCUCUUCAAGUGAAAAAACUAAAUAAAGUCUUGACAUAUAUCUUACAAUUAUCCAAUUCAGGAACUAAUACCAAUAAUGUACUUGGGUUAAAAGACUUAUUACCAUUAUUCCCCGAAACUAUCAUGAUCAAUAAUUUCAAGGAUGAAAUCGUAAACUCAUUAAAUCAAUACAAUAACAAAAUCAACCAACUUUCAAUGGAAAUGAAAGAAUCAUUAACCAUCUCAUCCAAAUUAAAACAACAAGUCCGUGAUUCUACCAAAAUCACCAAUCAAGCCAAAAUCUAUUCUAUAAUUGAACCAGGUGAACCAUGUCAUUUAUGUAAUAAAUUAUUAGUUGGACAAAAUUUUAUAUUUUUCCCCAAUUGUCAUCAUGGAUUUCAUAAAGAAUGUUUAAUGAGAAAUUAUUUUAAAUUACCAAAUUUAAAUUAUAAAUUUAAAAAGAUUUAUCAAAGUUUUAAACGAGAUCCAAGUGUGGUUAAUAAACGAGAAUUAGAUGAUAUUUUAACAAAAGAAUGUAUCUUGUGUAAUGAGAUGAAUAUUAAUUUAUGUGAUAAUGGUUUAAUUGAUUAUAAUAAAGAUCAAGAAGAAAUGAAACAUUGGGAAUUAUAA